CCUGCGAGAGCUGUGCCUGGGUCGUCCUGAGCGCGGCGCUUCCUUCGACCUGCCAAGGAUGCGGCUUUGGGCUUUGCUCUGGCUGCUGGGCUGCAGAGCGGCUGCUUGGCAGAGCGACGAUUACUGGCUGGAUGAUGCCGUCGGGCUCGGGCGGCAGUUCGAUGGCAUCGGAGCCGUUAGCGGCGGCGGGGCUACCUCACGUCUUUUAGUGAAUUACCAAGAGCCGUAUCGAUCUCAGAUUUUAGAUUAUCUUUUUAAGCCAAAUUUUGGUGCCUCCUUACAGCUCCUCAAAGUAGAGAUUGGUGGUGAUGCACAAUCUACAGAUGGCACUGAACCCUCCCACAUGCAUUAUGAAAAUGAUGAAAAUUAUUUCCGUGGCUAUCAAUGGUGGCUGAUGAAAGAAGCUAAAAAGAGAAAUCCUUUCAUUAAAUUGAUUGGCUUGCCCUGGGCUUUUCCAGGAUGGAUUGGGAGGGGUAUGGAUUGGCCUUAUGACUACCCGGAUGUCACCGCAUAUUAUAUAAUCUCCUGGAUUAUAGGUGCUAAAAAAUAUCAUGAUUUGGAUAUUGACUAUAUUGGGAUUUGGAAUGAGCGAUCUUUUAACAGCAAAUAUAUCAAGAUUUUAAGGUACACUUUGGAUAAGCAAGACCUUCAUCGAGUGCAGAUCAUAGCCAGCGAUUACCUCUGGGAACCAAUAUCCUUUUUCAUGCUCACUGACUCUGAGCUCCAUGAAGCAAUCAGUGUUAUUGGGGCUCACUACCCAGGGACAGAAACAGUGAAAAAUGCUCAAUUAACUCGAAAGAAACUCUGGUCUUCUGAAGACUACAGUACUUUCAACAAUGAAGUGGGUGCUAGUUGCUGGGCUCGAAUCCUGAAUCAAAAUUAUGUAAAUGGGAACAUGACUGCCACUCUUGCUUGGAAUUUGGUGGCUAGUUACUAUGAAGAAUUACCCUUUGGAAGGUGUAGUUUAAUGACAGCACAAGAACCAUGGAGUGGGCAUUACUCUGUGAAUUCUCCUAUAUGGAUCACAGCACAUACAACACAGUUCACCCAACCAGGCUGGUAUUACCUGAAAGUAGAUGGACAUCUGGAAAAAGGUGGAAGCUUUGUGGCUCUGACAGAUGGGCUAGGCAAUCUGACCAUCAUCAUUGAAACAAUGAAUCACAGCCACUCAGAGUGCAUCAGGCCACCACUUCCUUCCUAUGUUGUGUCACCCCAAAAGGCAGUUUUCCACUUGAAAGGAUCCUUUAACAAGUUGAAAUCUCUUCAGAUGUGGUAUUCCAAGCUUGAUUUUUCUACUGCCAACUCUACAUUAUUUCAGUCAUUUGGGGCUAAAAAUAUCUCUGAAGGAAUACUGACGCUAAGCUUGGACUUGGAUGAGAUCUAUACCUUGACAACUCUAACAACUGGCCAUAAAAGUUCUUCCUCAGAACCUCCUCCUUCUCAACCUUUUCCGUCCACUUACAAAGAUGAUUUCAAUAUCCGCAACCCACCUUUCAGUGAAGCACCAUAUUUUGCUGAUCAAACAGGAGUGUUUGAAUAUUUUAUUAAUGCUACUGAUCCAGGGGAGCAUGUCUUCACCCUCCGACAAGUGGUGACUCAGAGACCUAUUACCUGGGUUAUGGAUGCAAUGAACACAAUCAGCAUUAUAGGCAGCUAUAAGUGGGUAAAUUUCAUAAUAACCUGUGAUAUUUAUAUAGAAUCAAAUAAAGGAGGAGCAUUCAUUGCAGGAAGAAUUAGCAAAGCUGGCAUAUAUGUUGCAUCUGCCAAAGGGAUUUUUUUCUGGGUUUUUCCUGAUGGUACAUAUCAAGUCACAGGAGAUCUCGCUGGUAAUGAAAUCUUGAUGAAAGGGUUAUCUGGUGUGCAAGCAAACAGAUGGCAUACACUCACUCUGAUUCUCAAGGGAUCCAAUAUCUCUGGCAUGUUGAAUGGCUAUCCUCUGUGGGAGAACGUCACCACACACAGUCCAGAGAAUGGCUGGGCAGCUAUUGGGACUCAUUCUUUUGAACUGACACAAUUUGAUAAUUUUCACGUUGAGGCCAGCUGAGGUUUCAAUCAUACAUUGUCAAUUCUGAGUGUGGCCAGUCAAACCUUAAUUUAACAGUUAAUUAUGCUACUGGAGAUUUUUGAUUGUUUCCUACUAAUAUUAAUAUAUGUUCAAUGUUCUCCUGAUUACAAAUUGCUUCUUUUCCAUGUUAAAAUCAAAUCUUUGUUAAAACAUUUUUGUGCAAGCUAUAAAUGGGAAUGUAAUGCAGUCAUAUCUCUUUAACUGAUAGAAAUUAAGCUGUUACAAUUAGGUAGAAUUUCUACUUUCAAUAUUUCUGGGUGGUCUGAAGUCCAUUUGUGUGCGUGUAAAAUUCACCUUGCAAUCAGAUGGGAUGCCUCAUAUCUGUUAUGAAACAUGGAAUGAUGGAAUAAGGAUUCCAGUGGAUUUAUAUAUCUUCUAUUAGGACAUGAGAUUUUACUCCUGGUUUUCUAAUGUCUUAAUACACUUAUCUAAUUAUAAUGAAGAAAAAAAAUAGUCAGCUUAUGACUGGCUGGCUUAUUUGUGAAGUGCUUUCUUUUAAACUACCUCUUAGGUUGGUAACCCAAUAACCCAGAUAGCUUUAUAGUUUUCUUUUUUUGUGUUUGACUAGAUACAUUGAAGGGGAAAAAUGUGUAGAGGUGGUCCUUAGUGAAGUUCAAAAUUAUGAUGGACUUCUCUGGAGCUACUUACGACUUGUUCUUGCAGUUCUGAUGGCUGCAUCACCUCCAAAAUGUGUCACAUUAUCAUAUUUUGGGGUCUUGACAACUGCCUUGGAUUUAUGGCUAUUUUCAGCAUUUGGUGGUCAUGUGGCAGUGAUUUUUAGUAUUUUUUCUGGUUUCUGGCUUUUACUUCUGGUUUCUGGCAAAAAAAUAUCCAUUGGUGAAAGCAGAUUUGCUUAAUCGUGGCAUUUAUUUAACAACUGCCACAAAGAAGGACAUAAAAUUGGGCACUGUCACAUGGUGAUCCGAUUAACAACUGACACGACUUACCACCAUAAUUCCAGGCUCAUUUAUGUUGUAAGUCGAGGACUACCUGUAGGUGAUGAACAUUCAGGAGGUCUUAUUUUACCUCAUGUCUGCAGGCCAGUAUAUAUACGAAGGUACUACUGCACAAGGACAUUACAAGCAGUAAAAUUGUGAAAUUUAUAACCUAAAGAGCUGAACAAGCAUCAGUGUCUGUGGAUGAUGUACAUAUCAAGGCCCUAGCUUUCAUGAAUAAGAAGGCAUGCAUAAAAAUAAUAUUUCACAUAUAUUAGCUUACAAAUGCCAGUGUUCCUUUAUGCUUUUUGGUGAAAUGUAAUAUUGAAGGGUAAAAUAAUUUGCUUAUUUAUUGAUCUUUUAUUAGUUAACUAGUUUCUAUUUAUUUUAUUACUUACUAUUUUGAAGUGUACAGGAUAAGUGGCAAAUACAAAAUAGUGGAGAAUAAAAUUAAUACAAACUGGCAGUUUAUAGGGCAGAGCAAAUAGUUCUCUCUGAAUAUAUAAUUGCAAAGGUAUAUUGAAUAAUUAUAGUUGGGGAAAAAUAUUAACACAGAAUUGUAAAACUGCUCAACAGAAGUAUGUAAGAUUCUGAACAACGUCGAUCAGUUCAUGUUUAUAUUUUGACAAAUGAAGCCGAGAGAUGAAUAAUCUAUAUAAGACAAGUUAUGCCAGAAUGGAUUGUAGUUGUAGAUUUGUUUUUUGUUUUUUGCUUGUUACUAUUGAUAAUCAGAAACCUUUGCAGUGCUGUUGCAAAUUAUAUGGAUUGUACACCUGAAUCUUGUUUUAUGUUUUCUCAUCUUUUAUCUACCAUUGAAGAAAUCCUAAUAUGUUCCUGUUUCUGCUAGUGUUAUGGAUUGCUGGCUUUACAAAAAAUAGUUCAAUUUUGUGUCUCUUUUUAUUUUAUUCUAGGCAAUGUCAUGAUAUUCAGUAAAAACUAACUGGAUAUGCUACUUUGAAAAUUGAUUCUGAUAAAAUUGUGUUUGUACUCUAGAUAGCAUUACAAAAUAUAUUUGUUAAGUGACACACAAUAUCUGUCUCUUCUAGUUCAAAGAGACUUCUGAGAGAAGAUAUUACAGUUGAUAAUAUAUUGGUUUACAGGACAGAAUUAUGACUGUUUGUCUGUUCCAGACAUGAUUAAACCACAAACCCUCAAUUAAAAAUAUUUUUUCUAUCUUAUUCAGACCAAAACAAUUGUUUCCUAGCCAGGAUAUUGAAUUAAAUUUCAAACUUUAACAGUUUGUAAGUUGUUAAUUACCAAUUAGGCAAAGGCAAAAGUAUGGUUAUUGAAAGUUCCUGGUAUGAGUGAAAUGCUUGUUUAUGGCUUAGCUUAAGACAAAAGAUGAUCAGAUUGGCCAAUGGUAAAUAUACUUACGUGUAGUUAAUAAACUUAUAAUAAUAUAUAUGCUUGUCCUGUUUAUUAGUUGGAUAUUGAUUGGUAUCAAAGUUAAACACAUAUCUUUAAAAGGAAAAGUUUCUUUUGAAUUAGAGAUAAAAAUAGUAACUUUCAUCAUUAAAGACUAAUGGCUUAGCAACUAAAUAAAUUUUGAAACUGGAGGUUGAAAUGAUGUUUAUGUUCUUUCCCUUUGUAGUGGAAUAUAAAGGAUGGACUACACAGGAUUUAUUUUUUGUUUGUUGCCAUUUAUUUUUCCAAAUAGACUUCAAAGUUGCAGAUGAAGUAACUCAUCAUCAAAGCAGACAGAGUCAAAAUGUUUGGCUUUUUUGUUUUGUACUGCAUGAUAAAACAAAGAACAAAAUGGGUUUCUUAAAUUUUUGUUCCUUACUACCCCCCCCCCCCAAAAAAAAUACAA